GAGUAGUAUAACUUGGUAUCUUUGAUGAUGACUUAAAAAUUAAAACGCCGCUUCCAUUUCCACUAACAACUCUCUCUUUUUCUCUCUCUCUCUCUCCUCCUCCACCAACGGCCUUCUCCGCCGCCGCCAUCGCCGACGUCUGCAAACAUUUCCGGCGAUAUCUCCUUCUCCGCUGCUAAAACCAUCAUUUUGUUAUUGCCCUGCUUAAAGCCUAGUGCAAGAGUUGAGGAAUAAACAAAGAAAAAGCUCAAUUAUCUCAAUACCAUGGUGGAAGUUUGGUGGUCUCUUUUGGGUGCUGCUAUUCCAGCUGUUGUUGCAGGGCAAGCCUGGAGAAUUAAGAGAAAGCGGGAUGAGGAGCAGAGGAUUAAGAGUGCAAGGGGCCGGGAAAAGAGCUCAGAUGACAUAUUCGUUUGUGAAAGGGUUUGCACCUCAAAACGUAUGUUGAAGAAGGUUGGUGCUUUCUCUAAGGAUCCAAUCCCUGAUACUUGUGUUACUGUCUGCGGAGUCUCAGAACUCGAUGCAUGCACUGAUGCUUGUGCAAGAACUGUUUGUGUCAAUCAGCAUCAUGUUCCAAACUGGAAUGAUGUUUGUCUUCGAAGAUGUCAAAGUGAAUGUCUUAAACUCUCUGCAUCUCGUGCAUCCUAGGCCAUAGGAACCAUUGGAUUUUGUUUCUGAAAGGUUAAGUUGGUUGUUUAGUGUGCUGAAAUUGGUAGAAGCAGGAAUUGCUGUUAAUAUUUGAAAAAUAUUUAGCUUACUGCUUAUUCAAGUUUGCACUUUUUGCUUAAUUUUUUGAAUGAUUUUAUAGAUAAUAUUCUCUGUUAAAA